GGCGCUGGGUGACAACUGCUCCUGGUCUUUUGAAGUGCAGCUUUAGGCGUUUCAUUUGCUAUCUUGUCACCCAUUGGAUCAGAGGCUUCCUUACCACAUAGGGUCAUUGGGUAGCAAAUGAAUAGAGGGCAUUGGCCACUCAGAACUUCACCUCAUAAAUAUCCGAGAUCUGGAUCCUUGUAACUUUCUUUGUCCUGAGUAUCCCCCUUUGGGUGUGGGGAGAAGCAGAGCUGUCCUGCUCAUUCAACCAUCUCCGGUACGGGGAGAGCUUUAGAUCGGGCAGUGGAAUAAAACCUCCCCGUAACUGACAGCCAUGAAGAGCAACACCUUUAUCAUCUUCACAAGCCUUGGGAUCUAUUCUGCCAUUUUCAACACAUCAGCAUGGUCUGUGAACAACUUUCUGAUGACCGGGCCAAAGGCAUAUCUGACCUACUCCACCAGCGUGGCUGUGGGGGCCCACAGUGGAAUUGAAGAAUGCAAACACCAGUUCACCUGGGAGCGCUGGAACUGCCCAGAAAGUGCCCUUCAGCUCUCCACUCACAACAGACUGCGGAGUGCUACCAGAGAAACCUCUUUUGUUCAUGCUAUCAGCUCAGCUGGAGUCAUGUACACGCUCACCAGAAACUGCAGCAUGGGAGACUUUGACAACUGUGGCUGUGAUGAUUCAAGGAAUGGCCGUGUAGGUGGCCGAGGAUGGGUCUGGGGAGGCUGCAGUGAUAAUGUGGAAUUUGGCGAGAGAAUUUCCAAACUAUUUGUGGAUGCUUUGGAAACCGGACAAGAUGCCAGAGCUUUAAUGAAUCUGCAUAACAAUGAAGCAGGGAGAAUUAAUGCCUGCAAAGUGGCAAGAACCUGUCUCAGUGGGAGAGGAGGAGCUGCAGGAGGCUCUGCACCGAGUGCGGCCUGAAAGUGGAGGAGAAGAGGACUGAAAUUGUCACCAGCUGCAACUGCAAGUUCCACUGGUGCUGCCUGGUGAAAUGCCAGCAGUGCAAGCAAGUGGUCACUAAGCAUUACUGCUCCAGAAGAGAUGGCACCUCUCCCAACAACACCCGGCGGCGGAACAGGGGGCACAAGAGAUAAAUCUGCAACCCUCAAGCGGACUCAUGACAAAGAUGGCAACUGAUCUCUAAAUUUGAGGUUGGGAAGAAAUUUCCCCAGGAUCCGGAGGGAGUUGGGGGAGGGGCGGGAAGGGGGAGGUGGCUAAUCAGCCUCUUGAAGUGGGGAUUGUCCAUUGGGGUCAGGUGGGCAUAUUCCACACCUCCCUUGUUGUGUGAUUACACAGAGCAGGCCCUGGUGGACCUAGGACAUUCCUGCCUAUUUUCCUGUUUCCUCUGGUUCUUGUAACUCACUUCUUCCUCAUAGCCACUUGGUGUAUCUGGUUGAAGUGUUUUCACUUGUUGGUAAUCUCAGACAAAAGUCUGUGGGCCUGAUUCAGAUGUCAUUUACACUAUUGUCAAUCAUGGAGUAAAUCCACUCAGGCAGUGGAGUAAGUCCAGGCAUCAGUGUAACAGAAAUCAGAAUCCGCUGUUCCAGGCUGAAAUCUGGAUCUCCGUUACCCAUGUCCUUGCUCCUCUGUUAACUUCACUGAUGCUGCACAAGCCUAAGAGCAGAAUAAGAACCUGUGUAGUUGAUGCACGCUUUGUUUGGAAGUGUUUUUUAAUGUCAAACUUAUGCACUUUCUGAUGUGAGAAGGGUCUUCACAACAUCAUGGUUUACACUGGGACAAUUACAACUUUUUUCACCUCAAGUGCUUCCUAGAUUUACAGACAAUACGUACAGAUUUCAUGCAGUGCAUAUAUUUAAAAACAGACAGUUUUAUAUCUGUAUCAGACAAAAGAAUUUAUAGUGCACCAUUUGGAAAACAAAUCAGUAGAGAAGAAUUUGGCAGCCUCUCAACGUAAUAUUGAUUAUUAAGCAAGUUGUAUUAUUGCUCCAGCAUAAUCUGUUUGCUGUACAUAUUCUGAUGGUAUCCAAAAGGUUAUGAUUUUGAACUAUAUUUUGCAAUAAAUAUUUUAAAUUAAA